AAUAUAACGCUGUUAGUAACUGUACGUUUGCCUGCUGGUCCCACACUGUAACCUACCCCUUCGCCGCCGCCGGCACCGUUAGCAAUGGGCAAGUCCGAGAAGACCGAAACAGAGAAGAGCGAGCAGGGUGGUGACUAUGAGACUAAGAAGAAGUUCUGCUCUGUGAUUGCUAAGCCCCUCGCCGAUGAAAAGCUAUGCAAGAAAGUUUACAAGCUAGCAAAGAAGGCGUCUAAGCGGAAGCAAAUCCGGAGAGGAGUAAAGGAGGUCGUGAAGGCGCUACGAAAGAACACGAAAGGAAUCUGCAUUCUUGCUGGAGACAUCUCACCCAUCGACGUCCUCACGCACAUCCCCAUCGUCUGCGAGGACCACAAAGUACAAUACAUCUACGUGCCAUCCAAGGAGGACCUGGGUGCCGCCGCGCUCAGCAAGCGGCCCACCUCCUGCCUGCUCAUCCUGCCCAAGCCGCUCAAGGGCGGCGAGGGUGACGAGGCGGAGGCCAAGGAGUUCGCGGAGGCCUACAACGAGGUGGAGAAGAAGGUCAAGGCCUCGCAGAUCGUCUUCUAAGGGCGUGUCUCCUGAAGCUUGGUGGCGUCCCAUUAUUUGUUUAGCGGAGGAGGAGUCUGUGCGGGCGCGGCGAUGAGUAGGCAGCAGGGGGGACUCGCGGGCGGCUUGUUGAACAACACGGCGGCGGAGCAAGUGCAGUAAAGAGCAGUAGCAGCAGCAGAAGCGGCUGGAGGAAGACUUGUUAGUGGCGUUGUCAGCAGCAGCGGGGACGCAGCAGUGGUAGCCGGCGAACGGAGCACGUGUGCGUGGAGUUGGCGGCAGUGUGGUUCCCAAUCACCGGCCUUUCGCCUCAGCCACAUGCUGCUCUGGUUUGCAUGUUGGGUUAGAGGGAGUGGAGCCGAGCAGGUUAGCAACGUAUGCUGGGGCCGCCGGAAGGGAUUUUUGAGGGAGCUGAGGACCGGGGACGCGUGGGUAUGGAUGUUUCCUGUUUUGCUGAACGCUAGCGGGGCAAUCCUCCGGCCUAGCGCUGUUGCUAGUCUUGGCCGAAGAUGUUCUCGUGAUGUGGUAGGCGAGUCCCACAUCGGUCCCCGACUGCCGGUAUGCUCCCUGCUGUGGUCCCUGCAUGGCUUGGCAUGUGGAUGGGAUCCCCAGCUAGGCGAUACUGCACCUGCCGCAGUGCCCCGGUAUUGCUAGCAUGCGUGCCGUCUCUGGCAAUCUACCACUCAGACGCGAUGAUCCGAUGAAUGGCAUGGAGGAGGGAGGAGCCGUUGCACUGCUCGCUAGCUUGUGUCUCGUUACAAGGUGUUGUGGUUGGCCAAGGCCUCUCCGCGUUUCCGGUCCGGUAUGUGACCACCGCAAGGGCCCCUCCUCGCACCCGUGCAUGGAGGAGGUAGGUGCCGCCUCUUCACCGGCGUUUCCCGCCUGCUGCCGAUCUGCCUUCUUAAGCGGAUCUAUCGUACGCGGCUCUGCGGGCUGGAUCUCGCAGCACCGAGUAGGCCUCCUGAGCCGCUUGGAAGCGCCUGGUGCUCUCCGCCUUGCGGGCGGGGUCGGGCUGCCUGCGUGGGUGUGGAUGCGUUGAGGCAGGGUUGGGUUGUUCGUUGGUUGGUUAGUUGGUUGGAAGAGGGCGGAAGGACGUGGUGGCUUGUAUUCAGUUGUAGUAAGAGCAUGGGAGGUGAGGUAGGGAAUUUGGGGGGGGGUUGUGUCAGGGGUAGUGUGUGAAAUCGCACGCCGCAGCAGGUGUGUGUGUCCGUGUUUGCAUGGAGGUGUUGAUUUGGGGUUGGGGUGAAGGGUUGCAGGGGUUGGAAAUACCAGAUGGUCGGAAAUGAGGAGGGGCACCGGGUAUAGGAUUUGCCACGGUGCCACGUGUUAUUGUUAGAACUUGAACUGUACUAUCAUUACACUCUUUAUGACGGUUUGGGUGACGGGAUGUGAGAGGGUGGAUAUUUGGUGUCAUGAGGAAGCAGUGAGUGUGGAUGUGUGUGUUGCAGCGCCAACAGCGGUUCCUUGUGCCGCGUGGCGAGCAGACACGACAACAGGGCGGGGUUGGCCCCUCAGCUGCAUGGCUCUUACGGACAUGCUAGCCCCGCUACACUAGCACAUUGAGGCUGGGCAACCCGUGUAAACACUCUCAAUUCUCA